AUGACCCAUUCUAGGAACGGAUUCGCGGGAGGAUGGAGUUCCAUCGCUACGAACCAAGCAGCACCCGAACCAACAUCGACCAAAGCUUGGCGGGAAGAGACCCCCGGUGAAAGAGCAGCCCAGAGAAUCCCCCCUAGAGAUCAAGACCAACAACGAGAAGAGUACGGAAGCGAGGCCAAGCCUACCGAGACCUGGCCCGUCCAUUUCACGGCUACUGUCAACAAGUCUGUUGCGGUCAACGAAGCAUCUCGAGAAAGUAUCCACGGACGCACCGGCGACUAUGACGACGAGAAGCCUCCUCGCAUCGAAGGCAGCGGCUGUUGA